CUCUUUGUGCUGCUGUUUGAUUCGGAGCCGCAGCUCGGCUGUUUGCUGUGUUUACAUACGGAGCCCGGACUGAAAACCAAACUCGGACUGUCCGAGCAAAACACUAACGGGGGGAAUGGAGUCUCACGACAGAGACGAAGGGAAAGGGCCGGUGCUGCACAUCGUUGUUGUUGGAUUUCACCACAAAAAAGGCUGUCAGGUGGAGUUCUCGUACCCACCUCUGCUGCCAAAUGAGGGUCACGACAGCAACCUGCUGCCAGAGGAGUGGAAAUACCUCCCCUUCCUGUCUCUCCCCGACGGAGCACACAACUACCAGGAGGACACGGUUUAUUUCCACCUGCCGCCUCUCAGUGGAGACAUGAGGUGCGUUUACGGCGUUUCCUGUUACCGACAAAUAGAAUCAAAGGCUCUGAAGGUUCGCCAGGCUGACGUCACCAGGGAGACGGUUCAGAAGAGCGUGUGCGUCCUCAGUCGAGCGCCUCUUUAUGGUUUACUUCAAGCAAAGCUGCAGCUCAUCACACACGCCUACUUCGAGGAGAAGGACUUCUCACAGAUCUCCAUCCUGAAGGAGCUUUACGACCACAUGAACAGCUCUCUCGGGGGGUCGACUCUGGACGGCUCACAAGUUUAUCUAGGCUUAUCACCAAGAGAUUUAAUCCUGCACUUUCGACACAAGGUUCUCCUCCUCUUCAAGCUCAUUCUGCUGGAGAAGAAGGUUUUAUUCUACGUGUCGCCUGUCAACAGACUCGUGGGGGCUUUGGUUACGGUUCUGUCACUGUUUCCAGGGAUGAUCGAACACGGCCUGGUGGAUUCGUCCCACUACCGGCCUAAGAGCAGUACAUCGGAGGACGUGAGUCUAAUGGAGAGCGUGUCUGGAGCCGAGGAGUUCGUCUCGGUGUCUGUCACUGACCUCACCAACACUAACUUGGAGCUGGAGGCAGUGGAGACGACCCAACCUACACCAGAGUCUGUGUCCUCGGGGAACAGCACGGAGGGUGACAACAAUCACCUCAAACCUCCCUCACGUCCCUCUCCUGAGUCCUCCGACAGCGACUGGGAGACUCUGGACCCCAGCGUGUUGGAGGAAGGAGGCACCAAAGGACCAGCCGAUACAGAGUCAGAACUACUGGACACUUUUGACUCUAACCCAGAAACACCGAUCACUGUGCAGCCGCAGGCGGCCAGCGGUCAGGGAGGGGUCGUCCAGGGGCUGGUGUCGGGGCUGGAGGAGGAUCAGUACGGCCUGCCGCUUGCCAUCUUCACUAAGGGUUACCUGUGCCUGCCUUACAUGGCUUUGCAGCAGCAUCACCUCUUAUCAGACGUGACGGUGCGAGGCUUCGUUGCCGGGGCGACCAACAUCCUUUUCCGUCAGCAGAGGCACCUGAGUGAUGCUAUUGUUGAAGUGGAAGAAGCUCGGGUUCAAAUCCAGGACCCUGAACUCCGAAAGAUCCUGAGCCUGACGACGGCUGACCUGCGUUUCGCUGACUACCUGGUGAAACACGUGACUGAAAACCGAGACGACGUGUUCCUGGACGGGACGGGCUGGGAGGGAGGCGAUGAGUGGAUUAGAGCUCAGUUCACCCUCUACCUGCAUUCCUUACUCUCUUCUGCCGUACAGCAAGAUAACGAGAGGCUGCUGGCCGAUUAUGGAGCUCCUUUCAUCGCAGCGUGGAAAAUCACUCACAACUACCGGGUGUGGUUCAGCAACAAGCAUCCUGCCAUGGCCGCCAUCACUCCAGGCCACCCGUUCCAGGGCCAGUACAGCGUAGCUGAUGUGAAACUACGACUCUCACACUCGGUGCAGAACAGUGAGCGAGGGAAGAAGAUCGGAAACGCCAUGAUGACCACCAGCCGCAGCAUGGUUCAGACCGGAAAGAUUGUGGGUCAGUCAGUGGGCGGAGCUUUGACAAGUGCCAAGUCUGCCAUGUCCUCCUGGUUCUCUACACUGGCCCAACCAGCACCGGUACCCUCUGAACCGGCCUCUGAGGUGAAACCGUAACAGUCGGUGUCCAGAACGUCUCAGCGCGUUUGUUAAAACCUUUCCUCGAGUUUAAAGGGAAACCAUAAAACAUGACGACCUCCGACCUGGAACAGCUUUCCGUUUUCCAGCGUCGUCAGCUCCACCACAAACACCACAGCUGCACCGUCAGCUCCACCACAAACACCACAGCUGCACCGUCCACGCUCACUGUGAGGGGAACCUGCCAGAGACUCACCUGACCUCCUGUCUGUCCCUGCUCUCCUUCCUCCGACACACAACAUGUGCUGUGUUUGGGCUUGCUGCGUAUUAUUCACUUUAUCUUUUUAUUCUUUCAAUUUAUCUUGAACUAAUGGCACGAGAACCCCAAAGAUUUCAUCUAAUUAAGAGUUUAAAUUCAUUCAGGCCCGUUGCCUCUGUAGUAAAACUGUGGUUGUUUAAAACUGACGUCAGGGUAGAUGAAACAUAAUGUUGGCAUUAAAUGUUAUUCUCCUCCUUUUUUAAUAAAUAAGUUUGAAAAAGCUGAAAGAAAAACAAUUAAAAUAUAGGAUAAGCAGCAAUAUCAAAUACUUUAUCAGUACAAUGAUUAAAUCGUAAAAUAUCAAGAUAAAACUAUAUAUAUAGAUAAAGCUUUAAAAAGCUAUAUCACUAAUAUAGACGUUAUCCACAACUAUUUUUAGUAUUUUUUAAUAUUUUAGCAUUAUUUUACAAACAAGAAAAAAAAAUUAUUAUGGUUGUUUUAAAAAUGAUCUUGAGUAAUUUAAUAGGGGGUGCUAAAACAGACUGAAACAUUUUAGAUCUCAAACAUUUGCCUUUUAUCAUAAAUUAGAGCCUUUUUAAUGUUUAUUGACAUUAGUCAUUCUUUACACGUUGGUCACAUUUUAAACAUUAAGACGAGAUAAACAAGAGAGACAGUUCUUUUAGUCUGAAAGGAAUAAACAUGAAUAUAUUUGAGUCGCUCGUGAU